AUGGAUCGAGCAAAGAAAAAGUGAGUGUGGCCGUGGCCUAGAAAACCAAACCCCAAACAAACCAAAAACUCUUCCAGAUUCGCGUCGGCCAUCGAUGGGCUUCGAUCGUUGCACAAUCGAACCGAAAUCAAUAUCGAGGAGAAAGUUCAGCCGGAGCAUUGUUGUUUGACUACGGUAGGGUGGUUUUUUGCGCGCGAAAAUUUGAAUUUUCAAAAAAAAAAUUUCAGGUUGUUCGUCACGGGCUUCCAGAUGACUCCAGAUGUAUGGCUUUUGAUCCGGUUCAAAGAUUGAUGGCGAUUGGAACUGGCCGAGGACAAGUUCGGAUAAUUGGUAGGUCAAAAGUGGGCGGGGCUUAGUGGGGGGGUGCAAGCUCCGCAUGGUUUUUGGGGCGGGGCUUAGAAACCUGUGAAAAAAGUGUGCGGUGACAUUGCAAAACUGCAAGAGCCGCAUAGUUUUUCUGCGCCCGCCAAAUUCAAAAAAUUCGAAAAAUUUCAGGUGAUGCCGGUGUUGAUUAUUUGCUACGUCACGAAUCCGAGUCCGCCGUCAUGCACAUGCAAUUUUUGAUCAACGAAGGCGGUUUGAUCACGGCAUGUGCCAAUGAUAUGAUACAUUUGUGGAAUUAUCGACAAAAAGUGGGUUUCUAGGCCACCAGCAUUGUAUUUCUGGGUUUCUAGGCCACCAACAUCGUAUUUUUGGGUUUUCUAGGACACCAAAAUCGUGUUUUUGGGUUUCUAGGCCACCAAAAUCGUGUUUUUGGGUUUCUAGGCCGUCAACAGCGUGUUUUUGGGUUUCUAGGCCACCAAAAUCGUGUUUUUGGGUUUCUAGGCCACCAAAAUCGUAUUUUCGGGUUUCUAGGCCACCAAGAUCGUUUUUUUGGGGUUCUAGGCCAUCAACAUCGUGUUUGUGGGUUUCUAGGCCACCAAAAUCGUAUUUUUGGGUUUCUAGGCCAUCAACAUCGUGUUUUUGGGUUUCUAGGCCAUAAACAUUGUUUAUUUGGGUUUCUAGGCCACCAACAUCGUAUUUGUGGGUUUCUAGGCCACCGAAAUCCUGUUUUUGGGUUUCUAGGCCACCAAAAUCGUGUUUUUUGGGUUUCUAGGCCAGCAAAAUCGUGUUUCUGGGUUUCUAGACCACCAAAAUCGUGUUUUUGGUUUUCUAGGCCACGCCUUGGUUUUCUAGGCCACCAAUUUCAAAUUUGCAGGUUCCUGAAGUCGUGCAUUCAGUUCAACUCAACAAAGAAGCCGUGACAGCAAUUCAUUUACCAAUUUCCGGAAAAUGGCUUUACGUGGGAACCGACAAGGUUUGUACUUAAUUUGACUGCGUACCUUCUUUGCCUGAGUAUCAAACGUCUUUUCCAGGGUAACGUUUAUUUCGUCUCGGUCGCCACAUUCCAACUCAGCUCCUACGUCAUCAAUUGGAACAAAGCCAUCGAUUUGUCGUGUCGAAUUCAUCCGGGCCCAGUCCGACAAUUAUCCGUCAGCCCACAAGAUCCGACGAAAAUUCUCAUCGCCUAUGAUAAAGGCGUUUUGGUGCAAUGGAAUUUGGCGAAUAAGGAGGUGGAUAGGUUUCCGUUGGAUCCGCCGGUUAAAAGUGUUUGGUGA